CUCUUGACCUUAUCUUGCCCGUCUCGAGGAGCUCCACUACACGAGCUCCGUUUGACCCUCAGUUUACCACGUGAACCGCAGUGACUAACAGCGAAUGCAAACGCUGGAAACAGAAGGGAUAAUUACUGAAUUGCCGAUAUCACUGCUGAAAACAAAUCAGGUGAAAAGAGAAUGUGCAGUUAAUUUAAGUUCUAAUCAGUGAAAUCAGAGAGAAGAUUACCUAGUCAGUCCGACGCAACGGAUCGCUUUCUGCUCUUAAUGUAUCUAACCUUGGUAAACGAUAUUAGACAUUAAAACAUAUAGCGACGGGCGUGUGCUGCUGCCGCGCAAAGCAAGGGGAAAUGACGCAAUCUCACUGGAUCUACCCGACCUUGCCGCUCCUGCUGCUGCUGCUGCCGUCCGUGGGAAUCGCCACCACGACCACGGCUGUGGUAGUGGAGACUGGUCGCUCAGCCGUCUACAAGCAUCGGGUGGAGGUGCUGGUGGAAGGGGCGGAGGCGUACGUUGGGACUGGGGCCGUGGAGGCGACCCGCUACAACCAGGACACGCUAGUCCUCCUCACCACCAAAGAUGUUGAAAACUCCGAAGCGCCGCUGGUUUCCGGCCCGGGGUCCGGGAGAGCCGUCGUCGUGAAAGGCGCGGGCGGCCGCGUCGCGUCCCUCUUGCACCAUUCCCAUGAAGCAGCCGCGUCACUCAAUUAUAAGCGUGCGCUCGCGACUUUGCUGACACCAGUUCACCACGACUCCGAUUUCAUGUAUUAUUCGCAGGCGGACGUGCUGGGGACAUGUGAGGUCCACUAUGAGAAGAAAGGCUUAAAAACUGUGACCUGGCGGGACCUGACUCGGUGCUCCCAUUUUAGCUCGGAGAUGGUUCUGGGCGCGCAUAGUCUUCCUCUUCUCCAUAUCGCCCUGGACGUCAUGGGUAGCACCUCCAGCUGCGAGCACUCCUGGAGGGACGCCGUCGGAGGGGAGCUGCAGUCCGUCGAAUGCGUGGAGACGCUCCUGGUUGGGCCGCGCUACGCCGCUGUCUCCCAGGCCCUGAACGUGACGCUGCGGUCCCAGCUCUUCCUCACGGCCACCACGAGCUUCAACCCAGCCGUCUAUGACUACCUAGAGGAAGCCACCGUAUCGACGGAUUUGGCAUUCCAGACCAUCCCCUUCCAAGAUGAAGGCUUGGACGUGGAUGCACUGAUGAAGGAGGCGUGCGCGUCCGAGGGAAGGGGGCGGCUGACGGGAAGCCUCCUGCAGAAAAUGUCGACGUUGGUGCACGCCCUGGCCCGCGGCCCCGCGCCCACGCCCGACCUCAGCUACGCUUGCCCCAUUACUGUCCGGCGCAUGCUGGCGAUCACGACGGCGAUGGCGGGAGGGCCUCGCACGCUGCGCUUCUUCGCCAGCCAGCUGUCGGAACUUGCGAAGAAGCCCGAAGACUCCAUCAAGUUGGGUGAAGACUUCAUGUUCAGUUUAGCCUUAAAGAGCCUCGUGCGACCUGACCACCACACCAAAGACCAGCUGCUGCCUGCUUUGUUUCUCAGCAGGGAGUAUGAAAUGAUUUACGAAGAGCUGUUGGAUUACCUGUUGUCCCAAACUCCUGUGGCGGUAGCUGAGGUGGCGGAGCUUCUCGAGGGGCUGCAGAAGGUGGCGCCGCAGCUCUUUGAGAGGCUCUUGACGAAGGCGGCGCCCUCCCUCUCACCAGCAGAGGCCUGUGAGACCGGCGACCACGCAGAGGCAGUGAGGUUGCUUCGGGGAGUAAGCGGUCUGACCGCCCGCCCGCGCGGCUACGUCGCAUCACUCCGCCCAUGUUUUACCACCGAUGAUGUGGGUGUAGCGGUUGCUGCCAUGGACACACUCACUAAUGUUGACUGUAACAUCCAGGGCGUGACCGAACUGCAAAAGCUCGGCCUCGACAGUUCUUCCGAUCCCGAGAUACGCAUCGCAGCUUAUCGGGGCCUCGUGCACUGCCUUCCCGAGCAGCCCUCGCUCCUCGAGACCGUCGCCAAGGCGCUCGACCCCAAGCAUGACAUCUACUCGACGCAGGUCUCUUCGUACGUCUGGAGCCACAUUCAGUCUGUACUUUCAUCGGACGACCCACGCUACGUAGCGCUGCGGGAGCUCUUGCUCUCUGCACCAGCUGUUAUGAGGAGCGACGACCCCGUGUGGUACGAUCCCCGUCAACACUCUCGCCACUUUGCCCACACGCUGCACCUGGACUCACGCACCGCCCUUACCCUCGAGGGGGACCUGGUGUGGGGGCGCUACUCCCCCGCUCCCCGCGCCCUCUACCUGCACUUGGUGCUUCACCACGACGGCAUUACACACCAGAUCGCGCAGGUGGUUCUACGAGUGACAGGAGUGGAAGCAAUGCUGCUGAGCCUGCCCGGGAUGGAGAGCAUCCUGGGGGCAGCAUCCCAUGCCCUGAAUCAGGCUUGGGCAGCCAUAUACAACCUCGUGGAAGAUUCCAUCAAGAACAAGAGAGAAGUCACACAGGAUCAAAUAGCUGAGUUCAUCCAACAGCAGGUGCUGUCCCGAAUACCUGCGGAGUAUCGGGCCGGGAUGUCCAGCAUCGAAGUGUCACUUCGGAUGCUGGGAACGCACGCCUUCCACGCUCGGCUCGCUGACCUCCACACGAUGUCCUUGCGGGAUGCACUGGCUCACUUUUUGCAGUCUCCUAUACAAACUGCUCUGAGUGAUCUGGCACCGCUUCUUGACAACACCUUCACCAUGGCCACCGUCUCGGGUGUCCCCAUCAUGCUGGGGCUGAGCGGGGUGGGCGGCAUGCAGACCAUGCUCAUGCACUACGCGGGAGGCGAAGGGGGCUUGCUCGAGACUUCGCUUAGCGCCGGCCUGGCCAUGAGUGCGAGGGUGGACAUCGGCCGAGGUCGCCCUCCGGCCCUCACCAGCAACUACCUCUGGUCCCUCGACCUCCCUUUGAGCGCCAGCUACAACCACAAGGAGUCAGGGAUGAGGGUAAGUCUCCGCUUGCCCCAAGACUGGACAGGCCGUGUGUGGCAAGACCAGCGCGACACAGCGGUACGCAGCAAACGCCUACAGCUGAGAGUUACACAGGAAUGCCUAGGAUCAGAAGAUGCUAUACAAGUUUGUAUGGAUUCCUGGGAGAGCGACGAUCCCAGUCUUGGCUUCAGCGGUGUGCUGGGGAAGAGGUGGCUUGCUCCUCAUGUCCGCACCUACAAUUUGCAGAUGGCUGCGCCUGGAGACCCAGUCAUCAUCACCAUCACUGACCCUGAAGUCCCCAGAACAAACAUGCGUCUGGUCGAGGUGGAGGUUGGGAGCCGGAGUUUCGAGGCCUCCGUGGUGUUCCAGCUGCUGCCGUCGCCGUCCUUCGUGCUCAGCUUCAAGUCGCCCGAACAUUCCUACUUCGUGAAAGGCUUCGCGGGCUCGAGGGAGAGCGUGACGCAGAUGGCGAGCGUGGAGUUCGGGCAGGACCGUUUGCGUUACGGAGUCCGCCUGCAGAUGUCGACGCCGAAGCUGGACGACCGCCUCGUGUGGAGUCCGUCCGCUUUCCUUCUAACGCCGGAGAGCGGGGAGGCGGAGGUGGUGCGGGCAUUCCUCUCUCUCCAAGAGCAGGCGGAUGGCUUUGCGACGGAGUUCAGCUUCAGCACUGCGGGCGCCGCCGCCGACUAUGUGGACCUCAAAAUUACCGGUGAAGUGGCGGGACGAACAGGCGGCGAAAUGAAGUCACUGCAGCUGCUGGAGGCCAAGUCGGUGAGGGUGACCUGGCUGGACAGACUUGACGUCGAGUUCUCCGGGCAAGUCUUCCCGGGACAAGAUCCCCAUGGAGAAGGCUUUCUCAAGGUCGGGUGGGGUCGAGAAGACGGCCAGGUCGAAUUCCGUGCGUCGUUAACACCGGUGGUGACUUUCGACCCUCCGCCCGAGGGGGACGGACCUCGUGGGGCGGGGGGCGUGGCGUUCAAGGUGGCCCUCGCGGUGGCGCGCAAGGCGGAGCUCGAGGCAGCAGACGCGUCCUUCGAUCUCAUUCUGGACACUCGUCGAGUAGAUGUUAAACUGAAUGCUGGACUCGCCGGCGUCGGAGCCUUCAACUUCUCACACUCCUACAGCGGCCUCCGCGACGUCAGAACCAUCUCCACGGUCUCCUACGCGCCGUUGGACAUCGCCUGGGGGGUGGAGCAUGAGCUGUACGCGCAAGCAAACGAGCUCCGCCAUUCGCUAAAUGUGACGUGGUCGCCCCGCGCAGAAGAUCAGCUGUCUUCCGUUAUUCAUUAUGUCAACAACAACGUGCUCGGGGACCUCGACGUGUCUCUCUAUGUUCUGGUGGCAUAUCCAGGCCAGGUCAUCGAAGUGGAUGAGAUGCUGUCACGGGCGCAUGGCGGCAGCUACAAGAACAAGCUGAGGUUGCAUUUCGAGCCCGGCCGGACCAUCAGCAUGGACACGGUCGUCAUUUCCCGCAGCGACCCAGGCGUGAUCUCAUAUGGCCUAUCCAAUACCUUUAAACUUGACACUUGGAUCAGUCCUCUUAGUGUUGUGGGAACAUUGAAUUGUAUUGGGAAAGCCCGGUGCACGCUGGCCAUGACAGCAGAGCAGGCAGGAGACCAGCUGGCUGAUGUUGAGCUGCAACACACCGCCGCCACAGGGGUCUCCAGGACUGAGGCCAAAUUCCUCGUCACGCAUUGGGUAGAUGGAUCGGUGUCCCUGGAUUCGGACUCCAAGCUGGGGUACUAUGACCUCAAGUGGCAUGUGGUGGCCAUUCCUUUGGCUCGCCUGCUGCAGGGGCACGCGACGGUGGACCUGUCCUCGCCUGACAUCGCGGCUGCAGGGAUGAUUGUGGCGAAGAUAGAGAGAGACAACGUGGGCGAAGUUACGCAUCUGUACAACGGAACUUUCACGUUAAAUCCAGUAACACGUUCAGUCCACACAAGGCAGGAGGUCCGGUUAGUAUCGGGGGGUGUAAGUGACCUGUGGGUGGCAGUGCUGCAGGGGCGGGCGGGAGACCAACUUAUCAACAGCAGACACUUUGGAAAGGCAACACUCAUGACUCCUUCUGGCAUGUUUUAUACGGCGAACGGAGACGUGAGCUCCAAGGUGCGCAGCCUGGAGUCGGUGGUUGCGGGCGUGAGUCUGUCUGCGGGCGUUGGCCAAGCCGCCUCCUACCUCCUCACCUGGACCCUGAGUCUCCAGCAGCCAGACCCUAAUAUUCGCUACAGCAUAUCGGAUGCAGGACUCGAGAGUGACCUGCAAGAGGCGCCCCUCCUGACCCUCGAGUCGCUCCUGAGGACCAACAGUCCCUCCACGGGUGAAGUCAAACUCAAUGUCAAAAGCAAGAAGACGCGCCACUCCGUCCCCAGCGGAAGCUCCGAAGAUGACGAGGAAGGCGAGAAGAUCGAUGUCGAUAUUCGCCUGAUCACUGAAGCCGUGCCUGAGCUGGGUCGGAUCCACGGCAGCCUCACCAGAUCCUCGGAGACAUACUCGCUCAACGGCCGAGUGUGGUCGGGUGCGCAGUCGCUUGCCGUGGUGUCGUAUGGCGUCGCAAACAACGAAACUGUCAAGAGCUCUCACACCGUCACCGUAGUUGCCCCUGCGCUGCCUUGGAGCAGGGCGGAGCUCAUGGUUGAGGCGGAUCACCUGGGGACUUUGCCCUUCAACUUCCAGACUGUCGUGAACAGCAAAGUGACGCUGGGGAUGGAGGAGGCCGGCUCUUUCCGGGGUCUCGCGCAGUGGACGCCUGUUACGUCUGCUCUCAGCCUCGCCUUCCACACUUACCUGCAGGAUCUUCCAGGUGGAAACGUGUUCUUUAAGUGGGCUCCCUCGUCGGUGGAGGGGCACGUGGGAUGGGCAGACCUGAAGGCGGUGGCGGGCGCCCGGUGGGCCGAGGAAGGUCGUGCCCUCGAAUUCAUCGUCAAGUUCAAGAAUCCUGGAGCCACACUGCAUCACCUGGAUGGCUCGCUCACCUUCCAUAUGUCGCAGUCCCCGUACCCGCCUGUUUCCCUGUCGCUCAUGGGACGCUUGAGCCUUAACUCCGACCAUCACUAUAUACUGAACAUAAACUGCCAGUCGGAGAGGGAACAGUACCUGGUGACCGCGGCUCUGGUGAGGCCCGUUGGCUCAGGGUCGGUCCGUCUGCUGCUGCGACGCAGCGGCAGCGCCUACAAGGCUGUAGGCUCGGUUCUCCUGGACAGCUUGCAGGCGCAAGUGGAGGGAUCGUUCACUUGGCUGCAAUCGGGCGAGGACCUGGCACUCACGCUUGCCACCUCGCUCCUCCCGGACCCCAAGGAUAUACCCUCAGGUUCUCCCGUAAGAACGAGGCGGACCAGAGCGAGUUCGCCGUUUUGUUCUCGCAGUCCGGAACUUCUCCUGACUGGGUCUACUCCUACAGAGUGUUCGUGACGCUGCAGAGGGACAUCAAAUCGAGACUCCGGAUGAUGAGGCUCGAGGAUCAGUUCACGCACCACCAACUUCAACAUGUCGUCAAGAAUUACAGUUUCUUUAUUCUGGUCGUUCAUAAUAAGUUCGAUGA